AGCCAACGACCUGGGGGUUGCUGCCGCUUCGCAGGGGCUGCCUCGCUCGAGCUGGCACUGAGAGGCGAGAAUCUCCUCUGCGGGGCCGACCCUGCGAGAGGGGAGAACAGCUCACCUCACCUUGCCCUGCCCGGAUCGAGAAUUUCCUUGCCAGGACCGGCGCACAGCAGUACCAAAGUCAGGGGAGAUGUGUGGCCAGGGAGGAACUACUUCGCCUUUUUCCCGUUGCUGCUCUGAGACCUUCACCUUUCGGUAAAAUUUCCUCUUCAUCAAGAACCUUUUCUUGACAAGCUGUUUACAAGCGCAAAACUGCCAUCCCAAGUCCCAUUCAACAGUUUACUUCCAGGAAAACAGGAGCAGGAAGGCGGCACCGUUUGUCCCACACGGCCUGCCGUCUGAGUAAAAUGGCGGCGUCCACAGAGAUUUAGCUGACGGUGCCAUUGGUGUAGUGCGAUAUCGGAUACGGGGAUGUCAGAGAGUCGCCGCAGCUUUCUCCCAUGGCUGACUUCAAGCGCUGGAAAGAGCAGCGACUGUCACGUGCGGAUGGGAGCCGGAAGGGCAGCGUGGAUGAGCUAAUCGCAGGGAUAGUGCAGCUCCUUAAUGACCACGACAGUUUCUGUACCACCAGCUCCUGCUCGGGCCGUUUGGUAGUGCUAGAGCAGCCUCCUCUGCCUGCUCCUACCGAGCCUACCACUGGCUUUGAGAUCCAGAAGCAAAACUGUACCUGGCUUAUGGUGAGCCAUCAAAUAUGUACAGUGGAAGAUGUGCUUACAGCCUUGAAGAAAGCCACCAAUGAUGCCAUAUUCAAAUUCGAACCAUUUGUACUUCACGUGCAGUGUCAAGAUCUACAAGAUGCCCAACUCCUGCACACAGUGGCUAUAGAAACUGGUUUCAGGAACUCUGGUAUAACUGUUGGUCGAAAAGGGAAGAUUAUGAUGGCUGUCCGCAGUACCCACUGCUUAGAAGUUCCACUAAGUCAGAAGGGAAAAUUGAUGGUCAAUGAAGAAUAUGUUGACUUUGUGGUUCAAGUUGCUAAUCAGAAGAUGGAAGAAAACAUGAGAAGAAUUGACAGAUUUUACAGCUCUCUACAGUGUGCUUUGGAAAACAGAGACCAUAUCAGUAGCUUGCCUGUCAAAGAGAGAGAACAGAGAAGUAGAGGACAGACUAAUACUAUGGACUCUCAUAGAAGCAGAAGAAAAUCAGAAGGGACACAUGAAAGCAGCAAAUGUACUUCUGCAUGGAAAAACAAAGGGCUAGAAAGUGAAGAUGACACAGAAAGCAGUAUUCAUUUUUUUCACUGAAAUGUUUUAUAAAGUAGACAUAACUGUAUUGUACUUUUUAUAAGGUUGAGAUUCUACAGGACCACAAAUGGAGUAAAUUAGGUUAUCACCCCCUGCAAUGUUUUUCCUAACAUAUGAGGACCUUGAAAAAAAGUAGUGGCCCAAGGAGCUCAGAGGGGAUCAGCAAAAUUUACUUCCUCUGCCUUUUUGUGCAAAUCAAAGGUUGGCUUCCUUGAGAAGCCAUGCUGUUCCCAAGGGUGCCCAACCCUAAGGAUUGGCUUUAUUUAUUUAUGUUAUUCAGUUUUUGCAGGAGAGGAGGGGAAAGCAGUGUAAAGGAGGCCACACCAAAACUCUCUGCCAUCAACUUCUGUCAUUUGCUGGUCUGCUGGAGUUAGUCCAGUUUAUAUAUUUGUUCUGCUCUUUGUAAGAGCUUCUCAGAUUUGAAUGCUUUAGAAAGUAGCAUAUUUGUAAUACAGUUUAUUAUGGAUUGUUGUGAUCUCUCCAUCAUGUUGGGCAGGACUAGCUCUGUCUUGCCCUCCCUUUCACUGUCACUGCCACUACCUUGGGUAAAAUCCAGCCCCUCUCUCCACAGGGGGUAUUGAUGUAGCAUGCCAAGGAGUCAAGGCAGGUGGGUGAGGACUUGUGCAGAUUCCCUCCAGUUAAACCACUUUAUUUCUACAAGGCACAAACUCAGAGUACUGCAAGGACAGAACUAGGUGCACUAAGCAAAAUAAAUUAAAGGAUAUCUGGUCUUUGUGGCAGGAUGCCCCCAUCCCUGGUGCAUCUGCAACCAUCUUUAGCAUCAUUCCCCUCUCUCAUCCUCAUGGCAAACACACACCAGACAAAGGUGUCAGCCAAACUGGAUACCAGGGUUUGAGGGCUCAAACCCACUGACAUGGACCUUCCGGUGAAGAGAUGUUAAUACAUCAAAGGACUAGCAUGUGUCUUAAUUGGGAAGGAAUGUUCUCUGUCUGGUAGAGAACACCUUAUUCCCAGCCACAGAGAUGCCAAGUUCCCUUUCCAUCACAGUAGCUCUUGCCUCCUACAUUUCAUCAUCACGUGAAUGUGAAACAACUAGCAAAGUACUAGAGUGCUGUGAAGAAUUUCAUGGAAAAGUAAUGUUCUUCAAUACAAAAUAUGAAAUAUUCCCAAAAUGUGUAGGUCAUCCUAAUAAAACAUUGUAAUAAAUGCUUCUUUUAUUUGAAAGUACAGUUUAUAAGAUUAAAUAUUGGUUUUUAAAACACA